CCCCGGGCGGCGGGGGCCGCCAGGGCGCGUGCGCAAGGGCUCCGCGUGGCUAUAUAAACAUGGCUGGCGGAGCCGCGCCGGGGGCCGCGCGGAGCGCUUGUGGGGUGCUUGUGGAUCGUGCGGGUCUGUAGGAUUUUGAAAUUAGUGGCGGGGAAGCGCAGAGUUAGAGCUCCCCGGGUGGGAACUGAAGUGACGCCCUGAGGGAGCUGCCGGUCCGGGCGCUUCUGCCGCGGGACCCGGGCUGAGCGCGCACGUGUGAGCGCCGCUGAGGGAGUGCCCGGCGGUGUCGCCGCCAGCCGGGCCCGGAGCGCGCGUGUGCUCCGCGAUGCUGCAGCGUCCCGACUGCACCCGAGUCUCCUGCCGCCCGCCCCGGCUCUCCUCGCCUCAGCUCCGGGAAGGGCAGCAUCGCUGCCGCUGAGCCUCCGAGGGCAUGCCAGCGGGCCUCACGGGGCCGGCCGGCGCCGCUGCUCCUGUAGUCUCGAGCGCCUCGGGGACCGUGACUAUGGCCCCGGUCGCUGCGCUGCCUGUGCGGGUGGAGAGCACCCCGGUGGCCCUGUGCCCUGUGACUAAGGCCCCUGUCAAUGUCUGCGUGGAUUCUGUGGCGCCCCAGUCCUUGCCAGCCCCAGUGGGGACUCUAGUGACCAAAGUGGUUCCUGUCACUGCCCUUCCUAAACUCGGCGGCCCCAGGCUGCCCGCUCCUCAGAUAGUCACCGUGAAAACUCCCAGCACCACGACAAUCCAACUACCGGCUAAUUUGCAGCUUCCUCCAGGAACAGUUUUGAUCAAAAGUAACAGUGGUCAGUUGAUGCUGGUUUCUCCUCAGCAAGCUGUAGCAGGAACCAAGACCACAAGUACCAUAACUCCAAGACCAGCAGUACCAGCAAACACUCAAACAGUCAAGAUCUGUACAGUGCCGAAUUCUAGCUCACAAUUAAUGAAGAAAGUGACGGUGGCUCCUGUUAAAAGUUUGACACAGAUAGGAACUACUGUGGCAACCACUGCCUCCAGUGCUUCCUCAGGACAACCUGUGACUGUACCAAGCAAUGUUGUCACAGUUACUCCUGCAAAGCCGGUGAAUAAUGUAUCCAUCCUGAAGUCAUCAAGUUUGGGAAUAUUAUCUACUCCCUCAAAUGACUCGAGUCUAAAAGCCGAGACGUCAGUAUCUGCUCAGACUAGUCUUCCUCCGACAGUUCUAGAAAAUGUGAAAAAAUGCAAAAACUUCCUUUCAAUGUUAAUAAAACUGGCAUGUAGUGGAUCACAGUCUCCAGAAAUGGGGCAGAAUGUGAAGAAGCUGGUGGAACAACUUUUGGAUGCAGAAAUUGAAGCAGAAGAGUUUACUAGGAAACUAUAUAUUGAACUCAAGUCUGCACCUCAGCCGCACCUUGUCCCUUUUCUUAAGAAAAGUGUGGUUGCCUUAAGACAGCUUCUUCCAAACUCCCAGAGCUUCACUGAGAACUGUGUUCAGGAAGUUUCUGGUGAUGUGGUCAUUCCCUCCUGUGCCAUGACAACAGCAACUUCUCCUGCGGUGACAAGUACAGUUUCCCCAGUCAUUGUCUCUGGAGCAGCAGUACCCAGAACUCUGUCUGUUCAACAGACUCUGAAUUCACUUGCUGGUCCAGGAGGAGCAAACACUGGAGUUGUGACGCUGCAUUCUGUGACCCCAGCCACUGCAACAGGAGGUACAACAGCUACAACUGUUUUGCUUCAGACUCCAAAACCACUUACAACACCAGUACCAAAUACAGUGGCAGCAGUGUCCCUUCAGCCUGAGAAUCCAGUCGUGUCUGGGGCAGCAGUAGCACUGGCUGUCCCCUCAGCAACUCUGGGAGAAGCGUCAGCUCAAGCUCUCUGUCUUCCAUCUGUGAAGACUGCCAUUACCUCUGCUGGGACCAAAGCCGAGAAAGCUGCCAUUAGCACUCCAGUCCAGAUCACACUGGCACAGCCAGGCCCCCUCCUUCCACAGUCUGCUGGCAUUCCACAGGCAGGCAAAGCCAAGCAACUAAUAGUCCAGCAGCCUUCAGUAGGCAAUGCCAAUCAUGUGAUCUCCAUUUCCCAUUCCUCACCAUUGAGCUCUCAGACCUGUGGGCAGAAGGCACCAGUGACUGCUGUAAUGCCUACUGCUUCCAUCAUAAAGCAAAUUAGUCUGCCUGGAAAUAAACUUUUGUCGCUUCAAGCUCAAACAACUUCUAUUCAGAACAAUAAAAUAAAAGAAAAUGGACCAGCAUGCUUCAGAGGGGAAGAUGACAUCAAUGAUGUGACUUGCAUGGCAGAGGUCAACCUUGAUGAGGAAAAUGCCUGCAUCUUAGCAACACAUUCUGACUUUGUUGGCAAACUCAUUCAGUCAUGCAAAGACGAACCUUUUCUUCUCAUUGGAGCUCUACAAAAGAGAAUUUUAGACAUUGGUAAAAAGCAUGACAUUACGGAGCUUAACUCUGAUGCUGUGAACUUGAUCUCCCAUGCAACACAGGAGAGAUUACGAGGCCUUCUAGAGAAACUAACUGCAAUUGCUCAGCAUCGAAUGACUAUUUACAAGGGAAGUGAAAAUUACAUCUUGUCUACUGAUACCAGAUCACAGCUCAAAUUUCUUGAAAAGCUGGAUCAAUUGGAGAAGCAGAGGAAGGAUUUAGAAGAGAGAGAAAUGUUACUGAAGGCAGCCAAGAGCCGCUCCAAUAAAGAAGAUCCAGAACAGCUGAGAUUAAAACAGAAAGCCAAAGAGUUGCAGCAGUUGGAACUCGCCCAGAUCCAAUAUAGAGAUGCUAAUCUCACAGCUCUUGCAGCCAUUGGACCACGGAAGAAGAGACCACUAGAAUCAGGAAAUGAGAUGCAAACGCACAUGGUUCCCGUGUCAAGACUCUGAGUCUUUAUGUGACCUCCUUUUGCUCCCAGUGAGUAUCAUUCUUUGUUCUAUGUCUAAGCGUGUCAGGGUUUGAAGGUAUGCCCUGCAGAGCCCAUAGUAUUUGGAGAAUCCUUACCCUCUUCCCAGGUGAAGAGAAGAUUAGGGAUUAGGGUAGGGAGUAGACAUAAUCUCACAUGAAGGGUUGGGCAGUUGAUCCCCCAGGUUACUGGUGUUUGGAGACUUACAGCAGGAACCUUUUCACUACAACACACAGAAGGACACACAUGUCCCUUAGAGAUUGGAAGACAGAAGCUAUGUCCGCACAGGGUCAGAGGUCUUAGCACUUGCAGGGCCCCUCUCAGAGCACUCAGCAUCUUUACUAUCAGGUAGCUGGUGGCAGAUGUCAGGGUAUCUACAAAGCCAUCAUCAGGGUGAUGAUCACUUGGCUGCCUUUGUUUAGCUUCUUUGGAAUCGAACUUUCUGAAAUCGGCAGAAGUCACGCCAGCUCUGGAAGGACCUGGUGGCUGUCCUCUGACUGUUGGUGGCAGCACAGACCAACUUUUGAGUCAGUCAUUUGUACCCCAGGGUGCCUCCCCAGCAUGGUUGGGUGGAACUCCAGGUGCAGAACCAUUUAUUUGCUUCAUAAACCUUGCAGCCAGCAAGAGCACUUGAGUCAUGCUCCCUAGUGAAGCUGUUCCAGUGAGUUCUAUAGUAAGGCUCCCUGGGCUCCUAAGCCCCUGUGAGUCACAACAGUACUUCCCAGAGUACAGCCUGCAUAGGUCCCCUUCUCUCACCCCACGGGCAAUAUGCUGUGACAGUCAUCACUUCAAAAGGGAUAGGGAGUGGCCACAGCAGAGAGACUGCCAGCAACACACCCCUUCCACUCCUCAAGCAAGGUCACAUGGGUCAUAGUCAAUAUGAAUAGACCUUUUCCUUUAAAUCCUCCUACCCCAGUCCCCUGGGCUUCUAGUGUGAUCCUCUAGCACUACAGGACAAUUGACCAGCAGCUGUCUAACUGCAGCAUUGUGGGGGUGGAGGGUUGGGAGGUAGGGCUGGUGGUCUAGAAGCCUCAGCUGCCUGCUGUGGGAGUGGAGGUUGAGAGGAGGCAUCCCCUCAGAGUGCUAGAGACUACGACCUGAGUGAGUCUGAAGUUACAUACUUGCUGGCUAUGCAUUUGUGGAUGUGAUGUUUAAUGUUCUUUCUCAGGCCUGCAGAGCUCCUGCAUUUGUGACAGUCACUGUGAAAGCUGGUAGAAAAGGCCUGAGUGAUGGUCAGGCCAUAGGUAACUCUGUAGAGGUCAGAGGUGACCAGAGGACCAGCUGUCUACCUUCGGCCUCUUCUAAGGUAUGGCUGGACUUUCAGGAUAGGGCUGGACUCCAAGAUCAGGUGAUAGCCACGUCACUCAUGGCCCAGCCUUGUGAGCCUGGAGGACAGGAGGGGGAAUAUGUUACUUCUGGGCCAUGUCUCGGGAUGGAGCCAAGUGGAAUCUGUUCUGGAGUAUGCUGCAGGGAGUGUAUCCAAGGAGAGAAUCCACUCUAAAGUCAGAUGGAGGGUCACUGUAGCCACUCUUUCUUACUGAAAAUCAGCCUGUGUGACGUUCAGUCCCCUUGCUGUCACAUUCACAGUCUGAGAUGUUCCCAUCUGGGCAACAUCCAUGUGGGGGAGGGACGUGUCACAAUUCCUGGACAUGGGUGAUCUCCUGUUUCACUGACCUGGUUGGUAAGGGUCCCCAGGGAGGAGGCCAGAAAGAGCCCUUUGGGGAAAGAGCAAGGAGGACCUAUUUCCUCCUCACAGAAGAAAAAUUGGCUUAAGGAACUGCAGCCUUAGGAAGAGUACGGACAGGAAGGAGACAUCUUCCCAUGUAGGGCACACGCUGGAUGCUGGGAACCUCGCUGAAGAGGCCAAGCAGGGAGUCUGCACAACAAAACAGAAACACUUGUCCUGCUGGGAGCUCACUUCUGGGGCCAGUGCUGGAUCCCUCCCCAAAGGGUCUGAAGGAACAAGGCCAAGAUCACUAAAGCAGAGUCCUGGAAGUCUCUUCCUCGUCUUGGUUCUAACAAUCUCAGAUUUUCAUCAACUUGAAUGAGGCCUUAAUACAGCAGACUAUGAUGUCUUCUUUAGAGUAGAGUCAAGGCCCAGUUAGACCUGGAGUGCUUGAGCUCUGAAAAUUUACUGAAACAACAGGAUGGCCCACACUCAUAACUGAUGCUGUUAGCAGGAAGUGGGUGGAUAGAUGGGUAAUUUUUUCUGUUUAGGUUUGGGAUCUGUGCUGCUGGUUUGCAUGGUUGGAAUUGCAUGGGUGAACGGGUGCCCAGCUUUCUAAAUCAAGGGCCUCUAAAAGCCUAGAGAGGGAGCUUCUCACUUGGUGUCCUUCCCAGAAGUCAAAGCAGGCCUGUAACUUUGGUAUUCUAUGUAUGGAAUAACCUUAGUUUUACCUGGAGACAUUUAUUAUAAAGCAUGUGGACACCGAUUCCCACUGAUUAAAACAUUUUCUUUUUCUCCAAAAGCCCAAUGUAAUAGCAGUACAAACGAGCAGUCUCAACAGCUGGAACUCUGAGGACAGCUGGUUUAGAGUCAUGAUGGCUCCUGCACCCCUUGCUACCCUGCAGUGCCUCAUGAACCACUGCCCUGCCAAAGUGAAUGGCCUGGGAGGAGUGGACUUGUCUUUCUGCCAAAAGAGAGACAGAUGACAGGUUUUGCUUGAGGAUGAAUGAAGACAAAGCAAUGUCUGGUAUUAGGUGAGGCAAGCUCCAGACAGGUUCAACAGGAUGGAGGCAUUUGUAAUUCAUGGAAGAAAUUCACAAGCUGUGAGUGGCAGAGCCACAGAACCCUCUGUCUUCCCUUUGUUCACCAGGCACAGUCCAGGGAGGGCACUGGAUGCUCAGAGAGGGUUCUGUUCCCCUACCCAAUGCUGGUGUAGAGAGUAGAAGUCCUCAUUUUUGUAGGGUGCAAUGGUGAACUUUGUUAUAACUUCACUCACUGCGGACCCGGUCUUUGGGUCAUUUACAAAUGUCACCACUCCAUCGUCUCUUUCUACCCCUCUUUUUUCAGCAUUAAGUCCCUCACUCCAAUACCAAGCGCCCUCAAAUGUAAGUCGUUCUUGAAAAAUCAGUGAAAGUUUCUGUGAAUGUGCUUCAAAUGGGAAAGUUGUUGAAGAAAGGGGAGACAGAGAAGAAAGAGGCAGGGCAAACAGGUCUUUUCUUGUUUCUAAGAGGCAAACAGAAUACUGUAACCUUGGCCUCAAAGCUACCUGGCACUGCUUAGAACAGAAGGGUAAGGGGUGUCCCGAGGUUCUGACCAUGCUGAUUGCCAAUCCCGGGACACAAAAGAAUGGUGAUUCAGUGCACUUCUGAGUAGUGCUGAGUGCCCAGCAUCCACUGUAAACUCAUGACCAUUACUUGUUGAGAUAAGGUCUUGCUGCAUAGCCUAGGUUGGCCUUGAACUUGUGAUUCUUCUGCCUCAGUCUGCCAAGUGCUGACUCUAUGGGUGUGCACCACUAUGCCCAGAAAGACAACUUCUCUUACUUAACUUUCAAUCUCAUGAGUGCCUCCUUCAUAUUUUUGUAAAAAAAAUAUAGGUUUAUAUACCAAAACCAAAACAAAACAAAGCAAAAAAGUGAAACAAAACAAACAAACAAACAAACAAAAAAACUGUGUGCUGGGCAGAGUGGCACAUAAAUGUAGUCCUUGAACUAGUGAGGCUGAGGCAAGAGACAGUGAGUUUGAGCUCAGAUCCCAUAGCACCCACCAGUACCCAGAGGUGACCAACAGUCUGAAGGAAAGUGUACACAGAUAUGCAAAUACUGUCAUUUUAUUUUAUUUUUUAUAUUACUUAGGUUGGUCUUGUACUUCUAAGCUUAACCAUUUCUCCUGCCUCAGCUGCCCAAGUAGCUGGGACUACUGGUCUGUACCACAGUGCCCAUCUAACAAGCCAUGUUAUGGAAGGGACUUGAGCACCCAUGGACUUCGGUAAUGGUUGGAUUGGGAGUGUCUUGGUUCCAAUCCCCCUCAGGUAUGGAGGAACAACUGUGCUCUCAAUCUGGCAUAUCGUUUCAGAAGUUGCUAGCUUUGGGAUUUAAAUUCUCCAGUCUUCUUUGUAUAGUUCAUGUGAUUGUGUUUGGCUUCUGGAAUCCCACCACACGCAAGUUCACCGUGUAUCUGUAUUAUCUUUUUGCCAUUCAUUUUUAGCUGGUAGAAAUAAUGGGUUUCAUUUUCAAACAUAUAUAUCACUCCUCCCAUAACUGCCCUGCCCCUCCUCUCCUCUUCUACCCAUUCUCUUUCUCCUGGCAAGUGGUCCUUCUGCACGUAAGAUAAUACAUGUCUUGUUUUGUCUUUCUUCCCCUCAUGACCUUCUCUGAGUGCCUCUAUCCCCCCCAUUAAAAGGGUCCGACUCCCACACAGUCAUUUCUAUAUGUGCUUUGCGCGUCAUCUUUUCCUCAGUCCUUUCGCUUGAGGUGCAUGUUGCUCUCUCAUGUGUGUUUAUGUAGUACCUUCCUGUCACCUGGAUCAUUCAGAUUCAGACUUAUGCCUUGCUGAACCUUUUCCAGGUUCUUUCUCCAUGUACCUCAAUGUUCUCAAGUUGGUUCAGCCCUCACAGUGUCUACUGACUCCAGCCGCUUUGCUCUGGCUCUGGGUUCAUUCUUUGGCCUUGCCUCGCCGCUCUCUGACUCUGCCCUGCCACCAGGCACUUUUCUGUUACCAUCAUACCACUUCAAGCAAGUCCUCCGGCUGUGAUGGAAGCUCAU